UUUAGCCAAGUUUCCAAAGGAAAAAAAAAAUCCAAUCCAAUUAUUUCACACCUCAUCUGUUGCUAGAUUCUUUUGAACCAUAACCAGAUAACCAUGGCAAUCCAUAAUUAUCAUUAGUAGUCAUUAAACCUGUCAACACCAAUUAUAUUUCAAAUAUUCAGUCACUGGAGAAGUGCCAAUUUAUCACCUCAGCUCUUCUUGAUAAUUUAAAAUAACGCUAUGCUUGAGAUAAUAAGACUUGAGUUAUUUAUGAGCAUGUGGUUAAAACACACCCCUCCUACGCUCAGUAGAUUACUGUUGCGUGGCAUUGUGUCACAACACAGGAAAAGACCAUGCGUGGGGGAUGUUGGAAACCUGAGAAGCUGUGACUAGACCACUGGCUGCAGGUGAGAAUCACAGACGCAUCUGCAUCUGUGAAUAUGCAUGUCAUAGACCACAGGGAAGGACACUGAGAGGCAAAAUUGUUCAUUUUGGCUCCAAACAAGCAGAGGAAGAAAAUCGUUCCGAGAUUGAAUAUGGCUUAUUAAUUAAGCUCCAGUAACAAGAAACAGAUCAGAAAAAUGACUAACUCCAGUGAUCGGAUACUUCAAACAGGGUUGACAAGCUCCAAUCUAGCUGAUAACAAUAGGCUUUUAGAGACCAUAAAAGCAUGUGUUCAUAUUGGAGCUUUCAUUAUCACUGGUCUAUUUACAUGCCUCAUCAUAGCGACCGUGCGGCACAACCAGGAGCUGCGUCAGAACCCUCGCUAUGUCCUGUUGUGUCAGCACUGCAUCUGUGUUACCGGGUUCAACAUAAUGGGCGCAGUUGUACACGGCCUUCGCAGCCUAUGUUGGCCAAUUCCUCGAAUCACCUGUUGGAUCCUCUUCGACCUGCAGAUUGUGAUGGCACGCGGUCUGAUGAUCACCCUCACACUAAUGUCCAUCAGCACUUGUCUGUCCAUUUGCAUGCCACUCCGCUAUCCCAUUCUGGUCCAGCGCUUGUACCGCUGGGUCGCGUUGGUAGCCUGCAUUCUCGCCCUGCUCAACCCCGUAGUGUUCACCGUCUUAGCCUGUGUGCGCUUUCCGUGGGACUACGUGGUUGGACUUGACACAGAGUGCUCUACGGCAUUAGAGGGCACCGCGUGCAUCGCCAGUGCUUUGGCACUACUGUUAUUGCUGGUGCUGCUUAUUAUCAUAAGCUAUGUAGUGAUUUACCUAGAAGGCAGACGUGCUGGCCAUUUCACGCAAUCCAACAGUAAAGGCCGGCGCACCAUUCUCAUCCACAGCCUGCAGAUGAGCCUGCACAUUCUUCCCUCUCUCAUCAUCAUCUCCCGGCAUCAGGAGGCGCUCCCAGUAGCAGUGGCGAUUUUCAUUCUCUUCAGUUUUGCGCAGUCUCUGAGCCCUGUGGUGUUCGGCCUGCGCUGCAAAGAGCUCUACAAGGAGAUGCCACAAUUUCUGCCAUGCAUCUGGGGAACGUGUGGUGGCUGUGGUUACAUUGGGAGCAUGGAUAGCACCAGCACUGGGACAAUAACUAGUGCGGAGACCGCCGCCAGUAUAGAGACUAACACCUCCACCUGUAUGGCCACCAGCACCCCAUCUGCCAUUACCACAGCGCAUGAGGUUGAGAAUGAGAGGUCAGACUUCACUGAGUUACCUGUGUACGUUUGAAACAAGUGGGACAAUAGUCCCAAUAAUGGAGUCAUGAACUGAGAAAUCAAAAUUCCCCUGAUCUUUUGACAAGUGGUCAUUGUAUUAUAAAAACAUUCUGUAAGUUUCAGAACUCAAAACUUUCUUGUUAGUGUAAAAACUGCUUAUAUUAAAGCCAAUCUGGCAAACCACAGGUUGUGGAAUGUGCCAUUUUAUGACAGUAGUGUGGCUAAACCCUCCCUCCACAGAAAAAGAUCAACGCCUGCUUCUACAUCACUGCCUGUUUAUCCCCGCCCACCGAUUAGAGCAUGAAGCAGGUAAAUGACGAUAACGGCAAACGUAGGUCAACGCAAAAAUCAAACAAUCAACUUUAAAAUGAAGUUCCAGAUCGCGUCAGUAAGAGCGUAGUCCUUUGUUCACUUCAUUUUACCAUGGAUUUGUUCACUAACAAGGCACAACUUGAGCAGGAUUUUCAGAAAGAUUGAAGCUAAAAGACGAUAUUGGAUACGCCAGUAAUGUCGCACCGCACAAGUGUGAGUAACUGUUUUUAUUACAUGAUCAUUUUGCCUUUGUGUUUUAUUACAGAUUAUUUGAUAUGCACUAUUUAUGCGUUUUAAACCUAAAUCACGGCAGUGUCCAUCUGUGAAGAAUGUAGGCUGUCAAACAUACACAUGUUAGCCAAUCAUAGCAGUGGGUGUUUACUUACGAGUCUACGAUCUGCCACGCCUAUUCAAAUGGAGUGUUCCAAUGAUGGAGGGUCAAAACAGGACAGACAAUAACCUAUUACUUCUAAAUUAUGAUGCUUUUGAUGUAAAAAUCUUGAUAAUAUUAAAAGUGGACCUCAGAGAACAGCACAAAAUAAAAAACAAAGCCAGUUCAUGACCUUUUAACAGAUAGUCAGUAUUUCAAAAUGCCUAGGGUGUGUGCGCACUUGUAGUUUGGUUCGUUUGGUUCAUUUGGUCCAGACCAAAAAGGAAAAUGAUACAUUUGGUCCUGGUCCGCUUAGCGUUCACACUGGCAUUUUUGAAACCUAAAGAUACCGAACCUUAAGGCAUAGUGAUACGUUCACAACCUGAUUGGUCGGGCUGAAUGACAUGUAUUUUGUGACAGAACUCACUGAACACUUCAAACAAAAGCAAAAGGUGUUUGACUUAAAGUGGUGCUGCAGGUUCAUGACAUUGAAACACCCAUUCUCUAAUUGGUCUACUCGGUGGCGCUUUGAGCCAAAUAAACCUAAUACCGCCUGCUGGACUAAGCACGCUCAUUGUUGCAUGUAUAUGAUUCAUUUUAUUUUGGAUACAUCACUUGUUCCCUUCAUGAAAUUAUGUCAUAUAGCAUUGCAUCUUGUCAUUACUUUCUGGUUUUGGUUCGUUUAGAAGUAUUUGCUCUGUGUUGUGUUCACACUUCAUUCAAACCACACCAGAGAUCAAUUUGAAGCGAACCGAGACACAACUUAUUAGUGGUCUCGGUCUGCUUGUUUGGUGCGCACCAGGGUUGAUGGCAGCGUUCACACUUACUCAAAUGAACCGCACUAACACAGAAAUCGCACCAGGGUUCGUUUUAACCGACCCAAACAUGACAAGUGUGAACACACAGACAGUGGCCUCUUUAUUGAAAACACAGAAUAGAGAGGUCCAGAGAAGAUAGAAAUUUAGAUAGAUAGAAGAUAGAAAGUUUCCCAGAUAGGAAAACUUUAUUUUCGUUUUCGGAAGUCUCUGUUUUAGAGGGUCAAAAACACCGGAGUAGUGUACACGACAUGUGUAACUGUGGCAAAAGUUAUGUGUUUUAAAACAAAAACGCACUAGUGUAAACGUAGCCUGGAAUUGUUAGUCAUUAAAAUUUCACUGGCUAAUUUCUGUUAGUGGGUGAAAAUGUUAGCGACUGGAUGUGUUGUCAAAAGUACUGACUUACCAGUCGGUACUGAAAUUUUAAAAAUAAUUAAUGAGCAUUUCCCCCAAGCAUUUUUAGCGCUGUUGAGCACACAUUUUUAAAAUUUCAGUACCGACUGGUACCGAAGUUAGUACUUUUGACAACAAUACAGCAUGCUGAGUGUUAAAUAUUUAUAUUGUCAUAUAAUUGUGUUGCACAAUUGUGUUUGAACAGGACGCUGCUAAACUAGUAUGUAUUUAAGCUUUGAAACCUGGAGUUGAUUCUUUAUCUCUGAGUUUGUAUUUGAUGUACAUUUCAGAAAUUAUUUUCAAUAAAAUUGUUAGUUUAUGUUAGCUCAUAAUAAACAGGUGUUAAGGUUUAAUGUGUGAUCCUGGCUGUGAAAACUCAGCUUAAGUUUUGUGUGUGUGUGUGUGAUUUACUGUUUUCUACAUUAAAUCAUUCUUCUUAAGGUAAAGAAAAUUCUGUGAAAAUAUAACCUUGAUGUCUUUAAUACUGGCUGAGUCAGGCCAUGUCAAAAAUUGAAAUCAUAGUGAUAGCAUGGAUUUCACAGACAGGGUCACAUUUAAAAAAGCAACAAUAACUGUAAAUAAAAUUGAGUAAAAUAUGCUGUAAAAGCAUGUCUACUGUAAUAUAUAACCUAUUGUAAAGUGUUACUGCAUGUUUUGUUUUAUAUAGUGCAUUCUGAAAUAUUCAAUAAUGGAUCUCAGUGAUUUAAUUUUGUUUUAUUAUUUUGCAGCCAUAUGAAUUACCUAUUCAUGGGCAUGUUUAUUUCCUCUGUUGUUUAUUCAUUUUAUUCUGUUGUUUAGCACUCUGCAUAGCAUGCCAAGAUGUCACUAUAAUAAAGACAUGCAGACAAAAGUAUUCAAAGCUAAUGGCAUAAACAGUCUGUGCCUAAUUGUGUUAUAUAGUGAAUAAUGGAGACUAAACUAUUAAAUCAGUUUCUGUCUGAGUAAGGUCUCCUUUUUAUGUACAUAGUAACAACAACUGCAUUCAUGUGGACUUAUAUACCUUUGCAUCUGUUAUCCUCCUGUUUCAGUAUUGUGUAUAUUAAUAAGUGCUUUGACUUUUCCAUUGUCUCCGUUGUCCUGUUUUGCUAUGUCAUUGAAUGUAAACAACACAUUCAAUCACGGUUCAGGUGUCUCUUGCUGUAAAUGGAUGCUUUCAGAUCAAAUUUCUGUCACAGAGCAUAAAUCUAAAUGUUAAACAAUAAUGUUUUUGUGACAGAUUGUGACACUAUUGAGUAUGAUGCUUGAUUGUAUUGUAUAUUGUAUCUAAGUUGUAUGAUACCUAUAUAAUACUACUGUAUGUGGCCAUAAUAAUGCAUUAUGACUAA